CAGUUUCACUUCCUCCCAGUGAUUCAGAAAGUGAAGCACAGCAGUACUGAAAACAACCCUCAUCCAGCUCAUGAAGAAUGGAGACUUUCAAGAUCAUGACCAUUGUCCAAACUGUUGCUUUUAUACAAGGAUAUGACAGUGUCAUCUCUACUGAGCAUCCAAAGGUCAGGGUCAAUGUGAAACAUCAGCGUUCUGGGUCGUGCUCCUGGACCCUCAGCACCUCUAGAAACAACAUGUCAGUUAUAGCCGUGGAGGAUAUUAAAAGUCUCUCUUCUCAGAUCUGUCUGUCCCUGGGAUGUGGCGAUGUAUAUAAAUUAAAGGCAUUUGAUGCAGAAUUCAACAGUACCUGUCUCACAGGCUGCCUUUACCACGACUCUGAGCUAAACAACUGCACUCAAACUGUGAGAAGCCACUGCAAGGUGCUCUCUGAGGUUAUUUGUGGUUUUCCCUAUGUGGCUCUAAUAUCUAGCCCAUGUUCAUGGACUAUCAAAUCCCCAGACACAGAAUCCUCUGUGUCUCUGACUAAAGACACUGCCCACAAUGUGUUCAGUGAGAUAUGCCAUGAGCUUGGCUGUGGACAGGUCUACAGUCUCACUCAGAGCAGUGUGCGAUUGAACACAACGUGUUUCACAAACUGUGUUUAUCACAACUAUCAAUUAAAAAACUGUACGGAGGUAACUAACCAUAGCUGCUCAAUCCUCUCUGAAGUUAAAUGCGGCAAUGCUGCUGUCCGAUUGGUUGGGGGCGGUCAUCGCUGCGGGGGGCGUGUGGAGGUGUGGCGGGGAUCCUGGGGCACAGUGUGUGAUGAUGGAUGGGAUAUGGAGGAUGCAAAUGUGGUGUGUUCACAGCUUGGUUGUGGGUACGCUGUGUCUGUCAGCGGGCAAGGUGAGCCGUAUGGCCAGGGUACAGGCCCCAUACACCUGGAUGAACUCAGCUGCACUGGAACAGAGGGGAGCUUAUGGGAAUGUCCGGCACUUAUGCAAGGACACGACUGUGGGCAUAAGGAGGACGCAGGUGUGGUUUGCUCAGAAUACAAGGCUCUGCGACUGACAGGAGGUCUGGAUCGAUGCGCUGGGAGAGUGGAAAUCCAUCGCAAUGGUAGAUGGGGGACAGUGUGUGACACGUGCUGGCAGAAGGAAGAAGCUACAAUGGCCUGUGAUAUGCUGAAUUGUGGAGUGGUCAAAAAUUUCACAGCCUUUGACCCCCCCUUCAAGCAUAAAAAUGAAACACUCUGGUAUUUUAUCUGUGAGCAGAAUAGCAAAAACCUGUGGCAGUGUCCUGAGCACAUUAACAAUGAAUAUUUGUGCAUGGAAACAAAAGCAGCUGGGUUGAUUUGCAACAAUUCUCUUGGUCUGCCUGUUCCCACCAGUCAAAUACCAAACUCAGCACCAGCAACUACAGAGGUGACGAAAAUGGAAAAUUCACAUAGAUUCUUCCCGUCUCCAGAGUUACUGGGGUGUUUUGUUCUGGGUUUCUUUCUUGUGAUUGCAGUUAUCACAAAUAUCCUCUUGUGUCAUCAUGAUAAAAAGAAAAAAGCUGUUGUAGUCCAGAAGAGAUACAUGAACCUACAGGCUACAGCUGAAGCAGAGGAAAAUAACUACAGAGAUUCUGUCCAUCUUGUCAAAGUUAUAAACAAUAGCGGUGAUGCUGAGGUUCCCAUAUUUCCUCAGCGUAUCUGGCCUCAGAGUAGCAUUGAGAGUGGAUCGUAUGAUACGGACUAUGAGCAACAUGACAUCAGUCUGGAAGCGGCUUUUCCUUUAUCCACUUUUCACAACUCAAUGCGGUACAGUGCAGAUGGUAAAACGCCUGCUGUAAAGGCUACAAACCUGAACAGUGUGAUGGAGGAGGCUACCCCGGCAGAUGUCUCAGUGAGAGGAUACCAACAAAUCUGUGACACUUCCUCUGAUCAUGAUGCACACCAGAUGCGUGGGUCUGCUAGUGUGGACUCGUUUGAGUCAUCCUGCACCUCAUCAGGAGAAUGCUAUGAGAACACAGGCACAAAAGCACAGGACCUGUGCUCGCUGGAGUCUGCUGAAUGUUAUGAAAAUACAGGGGAAAACAGAGACAGUCUACCAACUGCAGAUAAUGAAGAUUUACUGAAGCAGGAAUCCGGAAGAUCUGUCCUGGGCCACACCAUGGAUCCUUCCUUCAAUUACCAAGAACUAGAUAAAGGGGGCAGCAACAGAGAGGACUCCCCGUUGUACUCACCUGUCAGCUAUGAUAAUGAGGCCGUCUCUUCUGAAAGUGACUAUGAUGACAUUGGCAACUAUAUACAACAACCUAAUUACUUACAUUAGCUGGAAAUUGUGAUAUAGUGGCCACAUACUAUUAGUACAGUACCAUUAGACACCAUACCUGAGAACCAUUUUUUAUCAUUCUUUCAGACCUUUCAAUGUUUUAAAUGUUAUUUCUUUGUUCAUAUAUAUCUGUUUCUACAUAGUAUAAUCAAACUUUAUGCUAAAUGUUUCAUCAAUUUUUGAUAUCAUUGCAGAUUAAGUGCAUACCAGUGUAAAAACUAAGUACAUUUACAUAUAGCCCACAAGUGUUUUUACUUCAAAUGCUUAGGACUGAUGACUGGUUCAUAUAACCACAACCACUGAGGAGGACAUAUUUCACCUAAUAAUCAGAUUUAUUUUGUUGUAACCCUUCACCUUUUGACAAGGAGACCUCAGAACUCUGGAACUUGAACAGAAAAAUACAGUUUUUGCUCAGUCGAGGCUUGUAAAUGAGCCUGCAUGAUUUUGAAGAGGCCUAUGAAAUGUUUUCCAAUAGAAAUGUUAAAUGACCGAAGUGAUGCAGACUAUUCAACAUUUUUGGAAUAGUUCUAUCAUUGACAUAUCAUAUAUUGAGAUUCUUGAAAUGUAUUUAGUAAUUUAUUGUGAUGAGACAAGAAACAUUAACGUAAUGUUCAGCAUGUUAGGCAUACGAUUAAGAAUAAAUAUGUGCAUAUUGUUAAUGAAUUUAAAUGUAAAUGUGGUUUCCUGGAAGCCUUUCAGUAAAUUCACUUGUCUGAGAACAUGAUUCAUAAAACUGAAUCCCCAGAUCUACAGUAAGUAACAAGGUAAAAGAUGUGGCUUUGACUCGAGUAUGUUUUUGUGGUUUAUUAAAGUGACCAUUUGAACCAUUCAUGAAAAAUAAAAAUAUAAUUUGCAAGUUCAAAAUUUA